AAUCCAAGAAGAAGAGUAACCAGGAAGUGAAGCAUUAUGGCACUGGUGAAGGAGCUCCUCAGGGCCAGAAACCUGCUGCUCGUUGUGCUCAUUCCACUUCUGCUGCUGCCGCUGCCACUUUUAUACCCCAGUAGUGAAGCCUCAUGUGCCUAUGUGCUGAUAGUGACAGCUGUGUACUGGGUCUCAGAAGCGGUACCCCUUGGAGCUGCAGCCCUAGUUCCUGCUUUCCUCUAUCCACUCUUCGGAGUCAUGAAGUCCAGUGAGGUGGCUGCAGAGUAUUUCAAGAACACAACUUUGCUCCUCAUGGGGGUGAUUUGUGUGGCAGCUUCUGUUGAAAAGUGGAACCUACAUAAACGGAUUGCCUUGCGUAUGGUCAUGAUGGCUGGUGCGAAGCCAGGCAUGUUACUUCUCUGCUUUAUGUGCUGUACAACCAUUUUAUCCAUGUGGCUUUCCAAUACCUCCACCACAGCAAUGGUGAUGCCAAUUGUGGAGGCAGUGCUACAAGAAUUAGUGAAUGCUGAGGAGGAGCAUGAGGUCAUCGGUACUGCAGGCAACACCAUUUCUGAAGAGAGGGAGCCAAAAGGUCUCAGCGAAAAACAUGGCCAAGCCUCAGUGGAGGUCAUUUUCAUCAAUGAGGAUGCUACGACCACUGACUUCAGCUCCGUGGUACAUACUAAGAAUAUGAAUGGUGUGCACAUGAUAGCCAACCCAAUUGGAACUGAGAAUCCCCCAAACAAGGGGCAGAAUCUACCUCAGACUCAGAUACUUGUCCUGCCUCCUAACCCCAGAGAUCUGGACCUGAGCACUAAAUACCAGUACCAGUCCAGACAUGAUCACAUGAUCUGCAAGUGCCUGUCCUUGAGCAUCUCGUAUGCUGCAACCAUUGGGGGACUGACCACCAUCAUAGGGACCUCCACUAGCCUCAUCUUCUUAGAGUACUUCAACAACCACUAUCCACAUGCUGAGGUGGUGAAUUUUGGAACUUGGUUCUUGUUCAGCUUCCCCAUAUGCCUCAUCAUGCUUGUCUUGACUUGGUUCUGGAUGCACUGGCUGUUCUUGGGAUGCAAUUUUAAAGAAACAUGUUCUGUGAGCAAGAAGAAGAAGACCAAACGAGAAGAAAUGUCAGAGAGGAGAAUUCAAGAGGAAUAUGAGAAACUGGGGGAUACUAGCUAUCCUGAGAUGGUGACUGGGUUUUUCUUCAUCUUGAUGACCUUGCUUUGGUUUACACGGGAGCCUGGCUUUUUUCCAGGCUGGUCAUCUUUCUUUGAGAAGAAAGGCUAUCGGACUGAUGCUACUGUCUCUGUCUUCCUUGGUUUUCUCAUGUUCCUGAUUCCAGCAAAGAAACCAUGCUUUGGAAAGAGGGAUAAAGGAGAUAGUGAAAAUUCUACAGAUAUUAACUCAGUGGAGCCAAUAAUUACAUGGAAGGACUUCCAGAAGACCAUGCCCUGGGAGAUUGUAGUGCUGGUUGGAGGAGGUUAUGCUCUAGCGGCUGGAUGCAAGACCUCUGGCCUUUCAACAUGGAUUGGGCGUCAGAUGUUGUCCUUGAGCAGCCUUCCCUACUGGGCUGUCACUCUUCUGGCUUGCAUCUUGGUGUCCAUGGUAACAGAGUUUGUUAGUAACCCAGCAACCAUAACUAUCUUUCUGCCUAUUUUAUGCAGUAUGUCGGAAACCUUGCAUAUCAACCCUUUAUACACCCUGAUUCCUGUAACAAUGUGUAUUUCCUUAGCGGUGAUGCUGCCUGUGGGCAACCCCCCAAAUGCCAUUGUCUUCAAUUAUGGGCACUGCCAGAUCAAAGACAUGGUGAAAGCUGGCUUGGGUGUAAAUCUGAUUGGUCUAGUGGUUGUCAUGGUGGCGAUCAACACUUGGGGAAUUAGCCUCUUCCAACUGGAUACAUUUCCAGAUUGGGCAAUGGUCAGCAAUGUAACUGGUCAGUCAUAACCAUCAGUGACAAAACUUGUAGAACCAAAGCUGACUGGGGCAAAAUAUUUAGUUUAAAUUGCACAAAUAAAAGAAAGGAAGAAACUUGAGUGUAUAUAGAUUCAGUAGCCUCAGCAAAACCAUGAAGCAAGUGCAGAGAAAGGUCUCCCAUGAAAGACACCUGGCCCUUUAUUUCCUAAAGUGAAAAUUUACAUUGCCUUUGUCAAUGUUCAAAAUCAACAUGAGACUAAAAAGUCAGAUUUGCUUUGAUUUAUUGCUGCUUACCCUGAGAUACCAUAAUUCCAAAAGAGAAGCCUGCUUAUAGGUUUCCUCUUGCUACAGAAUAAUUACAUAGAACCGUCCCCGUUGAAAUAUAGGAUACAUGAUUCCAAGGAGAGAACUCAAGAAUAUAAUGGAUACCAUUCAGAUUUCCACAGGUGACGUUAUUCCUAACUUGAAGGUUUUAUAAGCCUAAUUCUUUUCAGUGCAAAUUUUUUUUCUGAGGUGAGUCAUUGCUGCUUCAGAAGGACCAAUUAGUCAGAGACAGAAGGUAGAGAGAAAUCCUGAAUAGCAAAUAUGUAGCACCUACAGGAAUGGGAGGGAAGAAACAACUACACAGAGAGGGACAAGGGGCCUGGGCAUGGCUAUAGGGGAGGGGGCUGAGGGUUUCUCCACAGUUCUAGCAUGAAAAUUCAUGUACUGCAGUACUUGUCGUCUCUCUUUUGGAAAAGGGAACUUCAGAACCUCCUCCAGAUCUCAGUUGAAAAGUAUUUGUCAGGCCUUGCAUGCCUUUUUAUUUCACUGCUGUGGUGAGAGCUUCCUCUAGCAGCUCUAUAGUGGAAGCAGUUCCCAGCAAACCCUUAUGUGGCCAGGCCACAAGUUCCCUAAAUGGAGAAAGGACAGUCUCAUCUAAGAUCACAAUCAAUGCUGCUCUAUGAGUAAGAAGGGAGAGAGCUGAAGAGGAGUAGCAUUGGCAUAAUCUCAACAUCACCACAUUCCAACCCUAGAGCAGCCACAUUUUGGGAGAGUGCUAGGAAGUCGGGGAUAUGGGUGGUUGGACUCGGGGGCCACAUAAUGCAGUGUAGACUCUGGAGCCCCAGGUUGAGACCCAGGGUUCAAUAAUUCCUAAUCUGGGGUUACACAUGAGUGUAGACGCUCAAGAUAACUAGAGUUCUAUAUCCCUGGGCUUACAUUGCAGUGUAACUAUACUCCAAGAGGCCAGUCUCUCUCACCUUUCUAAAGGUGGAUGAUCUGCAUUACUGACUGGAUCCCAAUGAUCCCCGAUAGGCUUCCCUUAUGCAAUGUAUUUUUAAUUACUGAUUUACUGUCAAUCUUUGAUCUGUGUAUUAGGAAAAUUGGCUCUCACAUAAUCACUAUCUAUGUACUUUAAUCAGUUUUUAUAGAGCUCAUUCAAUAGGCUACCCACUUUGAAACGAGCAUCUCUCACAGUUAGUGUGAAUUUUCUACAGUGCAAUCAAUAAGAUGUCAAUAAAAAAAAUUAUUCACUGUG